CAGCUUCCUCGCCGCAUCAGUACGGAACUGCAGUCUAACGCGAGAACAUCAGUUGCGAUCACCCGAGCGUGAAGAAAUGAAAUCCAUGUCAGUGGUUUAUCUGGUGUUGUUCUCGGUGACGUUAAUCGCUGCGCUUUCGGGCAAGGUCAAGGCUGAAAAUGUGCUUGCGGAGGACGAAGAGAUUUUGAACGGAACUGUGGCAAUCUUCAAUGACAUUUCGUCGGCGCAAGCCUCAAUAGAGUCUCUGAUAGGCGAAAUGCCUACAACUGACUAUCUGAAGCUGGGAGCUCAGGGUCUCGUUGAGUACGUUUCCAAUCUAACCGGGAAGUUCACACCAGUUUUUGAGAAUUUCGACCAAAAGGAUCUGGAACCGAUUCAACAGAGCCUGAUCGAAGCCAUUCGGUAUCUAAACGGGUACGAAGUUGUGAACAGUAUUUCGCUGCUGCAAAAUGUGGAUUACAAUCUCUACAACCACAAUCUGUUCCGGUCGAUCAACAGCGAUCUGAGAAUCGCUUCGAUCAGCUUAUCGGAGGCAAUGUUCGACGAUCGUGAUGUCACCGGAGCGCUCGAUGAUCUGCUGGCAACGACAGAUAAAUUGGUGGAAAACGUUGCCCGUGUAUCGGAUGCGAUUCAACGAGGCGAAGCGUGGACAGCGGAAACGGCUUCACGUGCAAUGGCAGCGCAGCGUGGUUUCAACGAGUCCAUCGAUAAUUACCUAAACGUUUCCGUGACUCAAAUUGAAGAUGUCACCGAGUCGCUUAACAAUCUGCGCACCUUCGAAGAGGAACUGUACCAGAAAAUGAAAGAGAAGAUACAAUUCUUCCCCAAAUCCACCACGAACUACUUCAUCGCACUGAAGAAAUCCCUCGAAAACUUGAUCCAGAAGGUGCAGCUCAAUUUCGAGAACAUGCGCCUCUACAAACAUCGGGAGAUCGAACAGUGGAAGACUCGCUCGUCCAUUUCCGCGCCGAUCGGUUACAUGACGCAGGUAGCGGUCCAGGUGUCCGCCGAUCCUAUGCUCGCGAAUGCCUGCACCGAGGCGUACAUCGAGAAGCUACUGGCGUUCCCUAACUUCACGCUGGCACACGUGAGCUCAUGCUUGGCCGAACAAACCGCAAACGAGGAGAAAACGUUCGAACUCAUCGCAAACGUCAUCGAGAGUUACGCUAUGGCUGCCAUCAACACGUCAUAUGCUGCGUUCGACAUCUGCUUCCGGUACGCGCCGAAGAAGAUUGGGUAUUGUUUGGAGCUGAACGGCUAUGAGAACACUUGGGCAAACGGUAGGAUCUUCAUGGCGUCCCGGCAAAUCGAAUCGUUUAUCGACUGUGAGAUCCAGAACAACUUCAACGGAUGUGUCGCCCAAUUCGGAUACUUCCUGAAUUAUCACAACCUGCAGGAGAUGUGCUUCUACAACAAGAAAAGGAACCGUCCCCGAACUCGAUGGUGAAUUAUUACUUUAUUUCUGCUUAACUUUUUCGCUUAUCCUAAAGUCCAAUAAAGUAUUAAACCUUGCUGAAACAAUUCGCCCCGAGUCCCAAGUUCUGGACGAAGUUCAUCAAUCGCUCAUUGCAAAGCAACA